GGACGGCCCAGCAACUCGAUCAAAGCUGAUCUCGGGACAGUUGACUGGCAGUGUUUGCCCGCGCUGGUGGAGCAACAUGACGACCGCAACAACCACCACGACGCCAACCGCGAAGCGAGGUCAUUGGGCAUCGAAAACGGAGUUCAUUCUGUCGUGCAUCGGGUAUGCGAUCGGGCUGGGGAAUGUGUGGCGCUUCCCGUACCUGUGCUAUCGGAACGGUGGUGGUGCCUUUCUCGUACCCUACCUGCUGAUGCUAGUGCUGUGUGGCAUACCGCUGUUCUUUCUGGAAACGUGCCUGGGUCAGUUUAGUGGAACGGGAUGCAUAACGGUGUUCAAAAUUGUGCCACUACUAAAGGGUGCCGGUAUUGCGAUCGUUGUGCUCAACUUAAUCUGUACCGCGUACUAUAAUGCGAUCAUUUCGUAUCCUCUGCUGUUCCUGUGGCGAUCGCUGCAAGCACAGCUGCCGUGGGAGAGCUGUGGCAAUGCGUGGAACACACCUCGAUGUUUGGAGCUGCGUGGCGAUCAGCAUGUGGAGUUGUUUCUGAACAACAGUGCAAUGGCGAUCGGCGAUCGUUACCGUACACCGGCGGAUGAGUUUUUCCACAACGAAAUCCUCCACAUAUCGGAAGGUAUCGAACAGAUGGGCGGCAUCGUGUGGCCCCUGCUGCUGUGUGACGUUAUCGCCUGGAUAGUGAUAUUCGGUUGCAUCGCCAAAGGGGUGCAAUCGGUCGGUAAGGUCGUUUACUUUACUGCCACCUUUCCGUUCGCGAUCCUGGCGGUGCUACUUGUGCGCGGUGUCACGCUGCCCGGUGCGCUGGAGGGCAUCAAGUUCUACAUAAUGCCCCAGUGGAGCCAGCUGCUGAAUCUACGCGUGUGGGCCGAUGCGGCGAUCCAGAUUUUCUUCUCCCUUGGACCGGGCUGGGGUGGCAUUGUGAAUAUGGCGAGCUAUAAUCAGUUCAAAAACAACACCAAACUCGACUCGAUCAUCAUACCGAUCGUUAACUGUGGUACGAGCAUACUGGCCGGGUUUGUGGUGUUCUCUGUGCUGGGAUACUUUUCACAUCAAACAGGUCUUCCCGUAGCGUCGGCUGCCACUGGUGGUCCGGGAUUGGCGUUCAUCACGUACCCGGAAGCGAUCAGUAUGCUUCCGCUGUCACCGCUGUGGGCCUGUCUGUUCUUCAGUAUGCUAUUUUUCCUCGGCGUUGACAGUAUGUUCGUUCAAAUCGAAGCGAUCGUUUCGUCGGUGAUGGACGUGUUACCGAGGUUACGCCCAAUGAAGCUCCAGGUAACGGCCGGAACUUGUUUUCUUCUUUUCCUGCUCUCCAUCGCUUGCGUGACACGGGGUGGAAUGUACCUGGUGCAGCUGCUCGACUGGUAUUCGGCGUCCAUUUCGGUGAUACUGGUUUGUAUCGUUGAGGUCAUUGCCGUCGGUUGGAUCUACGGGUGUGAGCAGUUCGUGCGCGACGUCGAGUUCAUGAUCGAUCGCAAGGUGGAGCGGUUUUGGAUAGUUUCAUGGAAGUACAUCACACCGAUCGUGCUGACUUUUAUUUUCAUCACAACGAUUGUGUACAACACUGAGGUAUCGUACAAUGGCUUGUCGUAUCCACGGUGGGCAAUUGGAGUCGGGUGGGCCAGCUGCUUGGUGUCGAUGCUUUGCAUUCCAGUGUUUGCGUGUUACAAGCUCCUUCACACGAAGGGUUCAUUGACAAAGCGUUUUAAAAACCAACUCAAAGCACAGGAUUGGGCCCCUGCCGAUGGUGAACAGCGUGCAUUGUGGAGUGACAGUGUUGCAGUACGUUCAGUGCGUUAAAUAAACGAUUUC